GGUUAUGAAUACAGCCGGGAUGCAAACCCUACCCGGAAUUGCCUGGAGAAGGCUGUGGCAGCACUGGAUGGAGCUAAGUACAGUUUAGCUUUUGCUUCUGGCUCUUCUGCUACUUUGAUUGUUACUCACCUGUUAAAGGCGGGGGAUACGAUAAUCUGCAUGGACGAUGUCUAUGGAGGGAUGUAAAGCACAAGCACAAACACAUACUUCAGAGAAGUAGCCACGAACCUGGGUUUGAAUGUAGUUUUUGUCGACUGCACAAAACUGAAAUGCCUGGAAGCUGCAAUUACACCAGAGACCAAGCUCGUUUGGAUUGAGACGCCCACAAACCCCAUGAUGAAGGUCAUUGACAUUCAGGCCUGUGCCGAUAUCGUCCAUAAGCACAAAGAUGUUCUGCUGGCGGUAGAUAACACCUUUAUGUCUGCAUACUUCCAGCGUCCUUUAUCCCUGGGGGCUGAUAUUUGCAUGUAUUCUGCCACGAAAUACAUGAACGGGCAUGAUGAUGUUGUAAUGGGUCUUCUUUCAGUAAACCGGGAUGAUCUCUACAAAAGGCUCAAGUUCUUACAAAUCCAUCUUGGACCUGUUCCAUCUCCCCUCGAAUGUUAUCUGUGCAACCGUGGUCUGAAGACACUCCAAAUCCGGAUGAAAAAACAUUUCCACAACGCACUAGCUGUUGCUCGAUUUCUGGAGUCCCAUUCCAGGGUGGAGAAAGUACUUUACCCAGGCUUGCCUUCCCACCCUCAGCAUGAGGUGGUCAAGCGGCAGUGCACUGGCUGUUCUGGGAUGAUAGGCUUCUACGUUAAAGGAAAUCUCCAACACGCUGCUGCCUUUCUCAAGAAUUUAAAG